GUCGGCCGGAAGAUGAACCGCUACCAUCUCUCGAGGACAGGAGGGCAAAAUUCCCGAUCCCCGUUAACAGAGAGAGAAGCGUCGGACUAGCUUGCCGCCGGCAAUCGAAGCUCGAACUCUAGCGGCAAGGAGGCGCUUCAGGCGGAGGAGACGCGGGGAAGCAAGGCAGAGGAGGAGGCGGGACUGAGACGGGAGUCGCGGCAGCGUGCGAGGGCGGCCAGAGAGCGCAGUCGGAAGUUCUUUUUCUGUCCCUAAUUCGUCCUUUCUUGUCGCUUGAGCUUGAAGAAAUUCGACUAGGGGAACUGAAAACUGACGACGAGCUUCUUGUAAGCGUUUGUUGAAUCGACAGAUAAGGCCGCGCUUCUUUCCUAUCUAGCUAGUUUUGUUGAUGGAGGCGUAAGUUUGAAUGUUUGAUUGCUGGCAAGUGGAAGAAGAAGACGAGACUUGUACUGGUUUGCGAUUGCAAGAGGACAAUUUUUGGUGAAGCCCUGAUCUCUUUGCCCCGUUCAUCCAAAUAUGACAGAUUCAGGAGAAUCUCAACAGCCUGAACAAGUAUGCAACUUUUUCAGAAAGCCAACUAAGAGCAAGAACAUCAGGAAGAGAGCAGUGGAAGAUGAUAAUGCCGAGGAUUCAAAAACCGAAAGCUCUUUCUUAAGCAAUCAGAAGAAGGCGCCAAAGGCUGAUAACAAGCUAUACUUCUCGUCCGGACCUUCGAAGAGCUCAAAGCCAUCAGAAUCCAACUCAGACAACAAUGAGAAGCCCAUCUUUCAGUUUGAGUCUUCAAAGGUAAUUCAGGUACAAAAUGACAGCAGGGCAACAGCAACUCUGGAAACCGAGACAGACUUCGGAAGAGAUGCCCGGGCAAUACGCGAGAGAGCUCUAAAGCAAGCUGGGGAGGAUAUGAAGGGUAACAAACAGGGUUCUUCGGGUGGCAACGAGAAGCUGUACAAGGGAAUUCAUGGAUAUACAGAUCACAAAGCUGGCUUUAGAAGAGAGCUAACAAUUGCAAGUGAGAAAGCUGGUGGAUCGCAUGGACCACUUAGGGCAUCUGCACACAUCAGAGUCUCGGCAAGAUUCGACUAUCAGCCGGAUAUAUGUAAAGAUUACAAAGAAACUGGUUACUGUGGUUAUGGAGAUUCUUGCAAGUUUAUGCACGAUCGAGGCGAUUACAAGUCUGGAUGGCAGAUGGAGAAGGAGUGGGACGAGGCAGAGAAGGCAAGGAAGAGAAAAUUAGCUUUGGGUGCCUUGGCUAAGGAGGAUGGCGAAUUUGAUGAAGCUAAUGAUGACGAUGAUGACGACGAUGAUGAUGCCUUGCCAUUUGCAUGUUUCAUUUGUAGGGAGCCUUUUGAAGACCCUGUCGUGACCAAAUGCAAGCAUUACUUCUGUGAACAUUGUGCUCUAAAGCAUCAUUCCAAGAACAAGAAAUGCUUCGUCUGCAACAAGCCGACUCUGGGUAUUUUCAACACUGCUCAUGAAAUACGCAAGAGGAUGGCAGAGGCGAGCAAAUGAUCAUGCUGUUAUGCUGAUUGUUGCCCGCAUCCUCCCUUGUACUGCUUGGACUGCUUUACGCACACUGUAUUGGUUGGUUCCAUUUUGGGUUCAUGACACUGGUUGUUGCAUCUUCCCGGUUAAUGACUUGGAGCAAUUUCACUUUGAUGAGAGCAUUAGUGAUCUAGUAUGCACACGGUACACCAUCGAAUUGCGAGCAUACCAUGUAAUCUAAAGUUUAUCAGUAGUCUGGAAUCCUGAUUUGCCUGUACCUUGUAGUCUGUUCUUUUUAUGUAUUGAUUAGCUAGGAUGUCUGAAUCGAUCUGCUCGCAUUCCAGCCUUGUGAAAGGAAGUUAAAGUGGAGAAGCUGGGGACUUCCAGGUUUUCAACUACAUCAUUUACCAAUUAUUUGAUAUGGUGUAAUUGAUCUUUAUGUGUGCAAGGAUACAAUUGCGAGUUUCAGUGAAGAUUUUGCUGACUAAAGGAUAAAAUCCACAGUUCAGUGAUCAGUGACCUCAAACUGUUAGCUAAUCCACUCAUUGUUCGACCUUCAUUAGCUUCCAAUACCAAAUAUGGUGGAGGCGAAAGGAGAGGAAAUUGCCAGCAUGAAGUAGGGAGGAAGCAGAAGAAGGAGAAAGCAGCUCAGAUGGAAGAAAGUCUGAAGCAAGAGCAGAAUGGCGAAGGGAAAGCACAGCUACAUCAUCAAGUUGCAUGCAAGCGAGAAGAAGAGGAAAAAAAGGCAAGUGUUUCCGUACGAUCUGGCAUUUGUAUGUCCGUUCCACCUUUUCUUUCCGCAUAUUUCCAGAAAUCUUCUUGGUUCCAGAAUCCAGAUGCCUGAUCUUCUCUUUUUUGUUGCUUUACACACAAAGCUUCAUAUGAGUUAUCUUCACUACUGAUUGAGCUUCUUAAUUAACUCAGUUGUUUGUAAUGAGUUGACAAGUUGUGUGAUAGUCAAACUAGCUAGAUCGAUCUCGGUUAUCAUAUGACUUUGUGAUGCGGUGUUAGAUCUAUAUGAAGCCUCAUAGGCCUGCUUCGUCUUUUUUCCUA